CGGUUCCGUACUUCAGCGGCGGUGGGCGGACGCUCCAAUUGGGGUGGAACAUCAUUAAGCACGGCUGCAUUGCUCACCUGAUUGCAGGCGCCUUCAAUCGCAGUGGGAGAGGUGCGCACAGGUGGGUGGCCAGGAAGGUUGCAUUUCCUGUCCGAAGAGCGGAAUGGAGGGCCGCGAUCGCAAUGGUCGUGCUGUGCUGUCCAGUGCGGAGAAGACAGUUGUCGCGGCAGCUGCUGUCGCAGUUGUCCGUCGAUUCCAACUAGAGAGGGCGGCUGGGCGCAUGAAAGUGACGCUUUCUAGGAGGCGGCAGAGGCUUCUGCUGCAGAGGGUGUUGGACGCCCCGGACUGCGUUACCAGUUCUGAGGCAGUGCUUCAGCUAUGCUUUGCAAUAGGGUGCGGUGUGCUUCCUCGGUCGACACCACGUUGGUGGAUGAGGCGGAGAACCGGCGGGACUUGGGAGGAUUUGCGUCUCUGCGAUGACGCGACGGACGACUACUUCCGGGAAAAGCUCCGCAUGUCGAGGAGAGUUUUCAUGGAGAUCAACGAAGCCUGUGCACCUCUCUUGCAACGACAGGUGACGUUGUGCAGGGAGCCACUUCCGCCGGAGCAGAUCGUCGCCUAUGCGCUGUACAGGUGGGCUAUAGGAGAGUCAUACGACAACAACACCUCAUCUUUCGACAUAGGCAGGGCUUCCGGAACUCUGGCCGUGCGUGAUGUGACAAACGCUUUGUUCAGGGCAUAUGGGGACAGGAUAUCGUGGCCGACGGGGGUGGGGAAACACAUCGUGCUGCGGGCGUUUCUGGACAAGGGCUUUCCAAACUGCCAUGGCGCAGUUGACUGCACACACAUCUACGUGGACAAACCGACGAACGCGCCCAGCGAGAACUACUUCGACCGCAAGCACCGUUUCCGCAUCAUUGCGCAGGUGGUGGUGGACCUAGAUCUGCGCAUGCUAGACGUGUUCGUUGGAUAUCCGGGGAGCUGCCACGAUAUCAGGGUGAUCCAACUGUCGAGUCUGUCGAGGCGCGCAGAAGAGGGAGUGCUUUUUCGUGGCCCGCCUAUGACGCUAUCGGGGGGGGUGAGGACGAAAGGAUACAUCUUGGGCGACAACGGGUAUCCUCCUUCUGAAUGGGUAGUGGUGUCGUACGGAGGAAUCAAUCAGCUCCCGGACGAGGAAAGGUUCGACACGAAGCAGAAGUUCGCAAGAGGGGCUGUGGAGAGGGCGUUAGGGAGGUUGAAGGGGAUGUGGAGGCUCUUCCUGCGGACACACAAGACAAACCUGGAAACACUACCGCAACAAAUCACGGCAGUCUGCAUUCUCCAUAAUAUCCUCCUCGAUGCCGGUGUGGAGUUUGAAGAGAAUUUGUUGUGGGAGGUCGACGAGAACGGGGUGAGGCGCCGAGUGGACCUGGGGAUUCAUCGUCCCCUGCAGCCAGUGUCGAUGUUGACAUCGACCGGUCCCGCCCUCGCGCUCCGCAAUGCGCUGACAGAGCGAAUGAAACACAUGUGAUCAUGUGCACCGCCAGCGUCUUUCACGCGCAGAAUAAUUCCUUCGAGUCGUGUUCUGCCGUCUUCGAUUAGUUAGGAGGGUUCGCUGUCUUUCGCUUAUGCGCGC